UUAUCAGGCUUUUAUAUUGGAUACGGCAACACUAUAAAACAGCAUGGUCGGAUAAAAGCGCAAUGUUUACGUGAUUGCAACAACACUUUGACUAAAUUCCUUAAUUAGUUACUUGCCAGGUAAUAAGUAAUAAUUUACAUAUAAUGCGCCCAAAAAACAAACCUAAAGCAAAGGUGCGAAAUGCGAAUUUGAGCAAGGCACAUAAGAAUCUUAAAUUCAAACGGAAAGCAAAGGAGAUGAUGGAGCAGCACCGGAAACAAGCACUUUUAGAAAAGUCCUACAGAGAAAAGGAGGAAACUAAACUUGACGAUACCGAGGGUAAAAUUUUGGAAUUUAUAAGAGAAGAGUAUAAGGACGAUAAUGAGGAAGAAAAUAUUUUUGGUGAGCUUAUGGAUACACUAUCUACGAAUGAUAAUAGAUAUGUAAGGGCCGAUGAUUUGAGUGAUGAGGUUUCAGAUGAGAAAUCGUUAGUCACCGAUGAAAAGCAUAAAAUCAAAGAGGACAUAGUAGAAGAAAGUACAGAAGUUGAAGAAUUAGAACCGGUGAAGUCGGAUGAUACAUUUGCGCUGCAUUUUGAUUUCGACUUGCCGCUCGAAAAGGUUGAUAAUUUAUGGUCUCAACAGGCUCUUAUUAAGAAACCCAUUUUUACAUGGCCUCAGUUAGGCAUAUUGAGGACACAAAUACCGCAGCUUGAAUGUCAAGAUGAAGCAACAAAUUCACUCGAUUGGAACAGCAGUAUCAAACGACUGAAUGCUGAUAGUUUGCGAAGAAUGGGUGUCAGAGCAACGAUACUAGAUAAUAUAUCAAAGGAAAUCACACCCCUUCAACUAGAAGUUUUUCAAAUUCUUAAUAAUUACCGAGAUUUCUGUUACCCCAGCGUAUCCAAAGACAAAGUAAAUGAAUUACGAUUUUGUUACACCGCACACGUACUGAAUCACAUGCUAAAAACGCGCAACCGCAUUUUGAAACAUAAUAUGAAAUUGACGUCUACGCCAAAUAUGAUCACAAUACCGGAUAGCUAUCGAGAUCAAGGAUUAGCGCGACCCAAAGUGCUCAUUAUAUUACCUUUCCGAAAGUGCGCAUAUCAAACGGUGACAAAUAUGGGGCGGCUAUUGUAUGGUAAAAAUAUGGAUGGAAAAAUAAUGAAUUACGCCCGUUUUACCGAGGAAUAUACCGGCGACAGCUUAAGUUUUCCUAAAACCCAACCCAAAUCGGAUGAUUAUGUCGAAACUUUUAAAGGCAAUAUUGAUGAUAAUUUUAAGAUUGGCAUUUCUAUAACUAAGAAAAGCUUGAAACUUUAUACGGAUUUUAAUGCGUCAGAUAUAAUUUUGGCUUCGCCGUUGGGUUUACGGUUGGGAAUGGCUUCAAACAACAAUGAAGCGGGUGCCUUUGAUUUUCUGAACUCCAUCGAGAUCCUAAUAUUGGAUAAAACCGAGAUGUUCCUAGCGCAGAAUUGGGAAAACCUACUACAUGUAAUAGAUCACUUGCAUUUGCAGCCACAAUCUUUAAGUAGCGUAAAUUUGCAACGCGUUCGUCCAUGGUGUUUGAAUGGUUUGUGCCGCUUUUACCGACAAACUAUUGUACUUUCAUCACAUGAGCUACCCGAGAUACGUUCACUAUUCUCCAAUAAGUGCUUCAAUUACAGUGGCAAAGUUUCUGUAUCGAAUCCAAUUCUUCAGGGCGACAUUAACAACGUGUUCGUCACAACACCACAAAUAUUUCACUUAAUGGACACCACAAGUUUGGAUUCUGUCUUCGAUGCACGUUUCCGAUAUUUUGUCAAAGAAAUUCUGCCACGCUAUCGAAAGCCGUCGUUCGCCCAUUGUGUGAUAUAUGUGCCCAGUUACUUUGACUACGUACGCUUGCGUAACUAUUUGAAAGCAGAAUCAAUCAAUUUUGCACAAAUUUGCGAAUAUACCAAGAGAGAAAAAGUGGCGCGGGCACGUGAUAUGUUCUACCACAGUGGUGUGCACUUUUUGCUUUAUUCAGAGCGAUAUCACUUCUAUCAGCGUACAAGAAUAAAGGGCAUUCGGCAUUUGAUUAUGUAUCAGCCACCAAUGUGGCCGCAAUUGUAUUCCGAGAUGGUUAAUAUGAUGAAUGAUAGUAAUCAGAAUGCGGCCGAUGGAUUAGACGAUUCGAUGAGCAUAACUGUGCUAUAUACGAAAUAUGACAUAAUACAGCUAAAUGCGAUUCUUGGAACUGAAUCGGCCGCAGAGAUGCAAAAUUCAAAUAAAACUAUACAUAGUUUCACAAUUAAGUAGUAAAUGAUCUUGAUUAAAUACAUCUGUAUGUUUAAGUUAGAUUUUGUAAAUAUAAAAAAUUAAAAAAAGUGAACUAGAC